AUGAGGAGGCUCGCCCAGGCGCUUGUUGAGGAGGACGAGCCCGAUGAGGAGGGGUUCCGGCCCUCCACCGCCUUCUGCCGGCAGCUGGAUGCAGAGGAGGAGUACAACGAGGUGGAUGAGGUGGCCAUGGGCAACAUCUCGCGCCACGCUGGCGAGGGCCUGCCGCCCCGCGACACGCAGGUGCUAGACGACAACAUCUAUGAGGAGCGCAUGCGGCAGAGGGCGGUGGGCGCUGCUGCUGGGGACGACGCGGAGCAGCCCAGCGGAAUGGAGGUGGAGGAGGCGGCGCUUCCAGGCACUGCCGCCGCUGCCCCCGCAGCCAGUCCUGAGAAGAAGCGGAGGGUCAGGUUUCAGGAGGGCGUUGCGGAGCCUCCGAGCACGGCCCGGCCACCCAGCCAGCCGUGGGGCGAUGGCAGCGGCAGCCGGGUGCCCGACUAUGUGAGGCACCCAGACAAGUACACGUGCUACACGCUCGACGAGCCGCUGGUGGUGGGCGGCGGCGUGGCACAGCUGGCAGACGGGCAGCAGAACCAGCGGCAGCAGGUGCCUGCGGCCGCGGAUGUGGAGGCACAGCCGCAGGAGGCGGAGCGGUGGGUGGGGCCGCCAGGCUCCAUCCAGUUUGUGUCGCGGCAGCGGCGGGCCGGGGAAGCUGCAGGGGCGGCGCCUGCCGGCCACGCUGCCGUGGCGGGUGGCCCACCAACUUCCAAGAGGGCGGGGCCGCAGGUGCCUGCAGCCAUCUGUGUGGAGCUGGAGGAGGCAGAGGCGGCAGAGGCGGGGGCGGAUGCCGAGAUGCGCGCCGCCGGUGCUGACCCGGCCCCAGGCGCGGCAGCGGGUAGGGCAAAGCGCCAGUACCGCACCAGCCGCUCGGCUGGAGAGGACGCCGAGUAG